UGUGGAGAUCUUCCGCCUUCAAUUUCAUCCGGGAGAAGCAAGUCAAAGGGUCCUUGGCUGUGCCUUCGUGAACGUAUCUCUGGUUACGUGUGGCGGUUGAUGUGACACUCGCGUGGCCCAUACUUUUUCCUCCUCCCAGUACUCUAUGUUCUUUGUUUGGCGGUGAUCUAAACGAUGGCCGAAGCAUUCGUCGCCCCGAACGUCGCGUUGAGUCAGCUGCAUCCGGGACGCCCAGAGAUUGAAAGUGCUCUGCGGGACAUUGACACCGCCAGUCAGGGGUGGUUUGGCAAGGCAGAAUCUGCGAGCCUCGGCGAUUACUGCCAUCGAGCAAUCGAUGGUUUGACUGUGUUCCUGGGCAACCUGGGCGACCUCAAGGUUUUCCGCGCUGGAGACGGGCCGAAGAAUCUUCAGAAAGCUCUGCGGAAAGUGGCCCGGUACUUACACAAGAAGGCAGACCCCCGUCACUUCGUCCAACAGGUCAUCAAGCAUGUGACGGGUGACGAAUCGAUCACCUCAACGGAGAAAUCUCUGUGGGAUGAAGUCACAGAGGCGGUGCGCCUCCAUGUGGAGGUCGUUGUCGAAGCCGCCAAGAGACUCAUGGACGACGCCAACAGGCAAGGAAGGGCAAUACUAGUGGCUCGUCGCCGGAGGAUCGCGCUUCAAGUGUGGUAUGAAGUUAAGGCUCUAAACGGCUGUACCGAGUUCGGGUACACGUUCAUGAAAGGGUACGAGAUAGGCUUGGGGGAGAGCAAGACGAUCAACGAUGUGUGGCAGAGUCUACAAGAAAGCAUGGAUCUCCAGCGCAUUAUGGUGGGGAAGAUCGAGGGCAUACGCAGGGAAUUAGACGCGGGGCGCGUCCUCCAGGAGGAGGCGUUUUGCCCAAAGGUGUUCUUCCUGGUUCCGGCUGAUACGUCACGGUGGUCCGCCCUGGAUCAUUUGGAACGGUGGAGGAUCUUCACCGAGAACAUGAACCUUGUUUUCAUGUGCCACACGUUCUUCGAAGAGGUUCAUGCGACGAUGCAACAGGGGCCGGGAGAUCACCCGGGCUUGACUGCGGCAAACAAGUUUCAGGAUGAAUGCUCCGAGUUCAUCGACAUCGCCCAACCCCGGGAUUUCUUUGUGAAGCAUCGUCAAGCCAUCAAGUUUUCGGCGCUCGUCAUUCAGGUCAUCGGAUUAGCGGCAGCAUUUUUCGGGGUAUCGGUGCCAGGCCUGCUUCCUAGCGACUUGUCUGAGCUGGAUGACUUGACGAAGAUCAUGGAAACAGGUCUCGACGCAGCGGUUGCGGCGGCGACCUCAGAAGAGGAUGAACCGAUUCUGGAGGAGCAGUCGCAUUCAAGCCGGCGACGGCCAUGGUGGAAAUUCAAGUGGGGAUGCGGAACAGAGAUCGAGGCUGUCCAACACGGUACAUCUUCGACGGCUGUGCAGCAAAGGUUGCGAGACGGGUGUGCCCACCAUGUUCUCCAGCAUUACUUGACCCAUAACGAAGUGGAAUGGAGAAGCAAAGUCCACCGCAAUCUGAAGCUGGCCCACAACGAAGACCACGGAUAUACCUACGUAUGCAAGCGUAACCCACAACACGAGACGAUUUGGCAACAACGGCGUAUAGGGUUUGGUAGCGGUGUAGUACCCCGUUUCAGUUGAUGGCUGCGCACCCCUUACUGCCGCGUGUAGGGCGAUGGUAAAAAUGACGUUGGCCAGGUAAACGCCAAUCGGGGCCGGAGAAACCCACAAAUUGUGGUACAUGCAGCAGAGUAAUACGGCUGCCCCGACAUGCACCGAACGACAAGUGGCUAAUGUGAUGCGCUUCCUGUAUUCGCCAAUUAGGCCCAAACCCAAUACCUUUGCUACGUGCGGUAGAUUCGGCGUCCGUCUCCCGGUUGCUCGCGACCCAGGUGUUAUCCGUUUUUUACGUAUCGGUUGCGUGACCUGUGCUCCGCCGCUGCUGCAGUACUUAGUUCCAAUCCGCAUAGGAUAAGUUUCAGCUACGUACCUUGAUGAUUUGGUGGCACCGGUUUUGGUGGCACCGGUAUUUUGAACGGCAACGCUACUGUAUUUGCUCCACCGGUGGAGUAACCUCUUAUUUGCUCAAGCAGGUCUCCGCGCGCAGAGCGCCAAUCGACCACAAACCAAUUGCAUGGUGUAGGUAUGGC